AUGGCUACCGACUGGCAAUCCGAGUGCAUGGUAUCCCAAAACCAAGCGGCCCUGGAGAGUGUAGGAGCCCAUUCAGAACGAGCUCUUCAGAACACGUCUGGGAACGUACAGACCUACUCUGAUAGCCUUGCUCACCAUGACACUAUUGGACGUGAUGACCCUCUUCAGCACUACACUUUGAAGUACCCUCAUCCCCCGGUCCCGGUCCCAAGCCAUCCAUUGCCUACAGCUACUGCUGGUCUCUACCAUCCCCAGCUUCUAAACCAUCGAUACCAAGUGAAGAAGCUUCGACGUCUUCAAUCGAAUGCCUCUUCAUAUGCUGGAUCCAGAAGAGCGAGAAGUUACCUGAAGUCACAGAAGUAUCUCGAGUACAGGGCUCGGCCGCGCCGGGAUACUGGCAAAGAUGGUGAGCCAGUAUGGUCUGACGAACUUGAGGAUGCCUUUCAGCAGGCACUUGAGGCGAACCCGCCUAUGGGCAGACGAAAGUGGUCCGAACGUGGCAAGUCCUAUGGACGGAACGAACUGAUUGCGGAGUACAUCUACAAGUUGACUGGCAAGCGGAGGACCAGGAAGCAAGUGUCUAGUCACCUGCAAGUACUCGAUUCAUUUCUCAAGGGUGACCCCGACUGGGAAAGACUCGUCCGGGAGCAAGCAGAUCGCUCAACCGCCCAAAAUCAGCCAGUUGGACCGAGGUGGAGGACUUCAAUGGACCAUCUACCAUCGAGCCACUACAGCACCCACGUAACCCCUUCUUAUUCCGAAUCCAUGAGGUUGAUGCCUCCUUACUCUGCGGACUUGCAACUACCUCAAUACCCUUCUAUAUCAACCCAACAAGAAACAAGCAGCAACACAGUCCAAGGCCUUAGCUUUGACAUGUGGGUUAGCGCCCCAAACAAGCCAGAUCGUAUUGACGAUGCGUUCCAUGUGUAUACCCGCCUGCAGGGUGACCAACAUCAAGCGCCCAUGCCGCUGGAAAAUAUGAAGAAUUGGCGGAUGUCCUUCCCUUACUUGAAUUCUUCACUCUCUGACGUGAAUGAUCCGCUGAACUGUGAGAUUAUUCUUCUUGAGACUGACCUCGAGCUGAUGGAUGACUUUCCUCCCAUUGGCUCAAGAUUGGGUAUUCACCUGGAACUUGACAUCGCAAACCCUACACCGGGAACCGCACCGAUGAUCAACCAGAUGGAGAACUGGACGUGUAGCACCUACAUCUAUGAAGACGGGACUCGAACGAUGGAAGCCUACCACAACCUCACCAAGCCUCAUACAACAAAGGUUAAGCCGCCAUUCGAGUCAUCAUGGUGGGCGAAGACCUUCACAAAACUCACUCAAGACAAGCGAGAAUCCGAGAGCACCGGACAUCACCAUGCUGCUGACGAGCGUAUCCGGCGGUACUUCCACACCUUGACUGCAGUGCAGGAGAUCCGGGCCACUGUUCCUCCCAGCCUGCGACGUCUCCAGAACAAUUAUCCAGGUUCACUUGUUGAAGAAAGCAAGCGAAUGGCCAUCGUCGUCUGGAAGUUCCGCCAGACUCGGCCAAAUGAGGUCGGCACAACAACAUGGCGAAAACUGGUAACAUCGCCAGACCGUGGCUUGACCAACAGCCCUAGACCAAGCACUGCAAUUGACCUUCCUCCUCUAUCCUUGGAAUCGAUCCUGCUCAGCAAGCCUACUCCAAACUUAUACCAGGCACCGCCUCAACACCAUGACCUACUACAUCAUUCUGCCCCCUCACAACAGUCCUGGUCUUUGUACCAACCUUCCCAUGACCAUGUCAAUAGCCUAUACAACUCCGCCGGGGCCUUUGAUUUUUUGAAUAGCAUCACAAAACCGGAAGAAGGGCUAUCGGAUAAGACUGCCGCAACAUCCGUGCUGGACCCCUUUCCCAACCUCACGCAGCAAGUAACUAGCCAACCGACCGGCAUCAAUGUGUCCAGUGGUGCACCGGUGAUGCUCCAGAUUUCCGAUCUAUCACUACCCAACCUCGGAACAUACGGACUCGGCCACGAGAGCCACUAUGUGCCGCCACACCAUCACUCAGCGAGCUUGCAUGACCACACCAGCAGCACUACGUUGAACAACUUCUUCGUCCCGAGCACCCAGUCUCUCGACGAAAUUAGCCACACCCACGCACCAUGGUCGAACUCCAGCACAUCAAUUCCGGGAGACACUAGCGGUGGCAACUACCACCACCUCCCGUUCACUACGUCCGAUCACUCCGUUACGGUGUCGCGCGAGUCGCACCAGAACCACAGUUUUGACGGGCUACUGGCCCCGGAUGAUCUCGUCGGAAUUGUCGGUGGACUAUCUGCUGAUCCCGGUAUGGACGGGGCGGGCCCCGAACAUACUUCUCCAGCGUACGCUGAACAUACUGCGGUCGAGGCUGUCUAG